UCAGUGCCACUGCAGCAGCCCAAUAUUUCCCUGACAUCUCCUAAUGGAGGACUGGUCUGGGGUCCUGAAGGUGCAGAGGUCACGAGGGGCUACAGCUUUGUCUUGACCUGCUCCAUUAACUCCAACUAUCAUGAAGGCCGUUUCUUGCUCAUCUUCUCUGGCUCCAACAUCACCAACACCAAACCUGCAGUCAACCUCUCAGCCUCCUUUAACUUCCCUGUAGCUGAGUAUGAACAUGAGGGCAACUACAGCUGUGUGUAUGAAGUCACUCUGUCCGGACGUGACUCUCUGGAGUCACCAGAGACAGCAUUGGUUAUUGUCAUCAUUAAAUUGCCACUGCAGCAGCCCAAUAUCUCCCUGACAUCUCCUAAUGGAGGACUGGUCUGGGGUCCUGAAGGUGCAGAGGUCACUAGGGGCUACAGCUUUGUCUUGACCUGCUCCAUUAACUCCAACUAUCAUGAAGGCCGUUUCUUGCUCACCUUCUCUGGCUCCAACAUCACCAACACCAAAUCUGCAGUCAACCUCUCAGCCUCCUUUAAAUUCCCUGUAGCUGAGUAUGAACAUGAGGGCAACUACAGCUGUGUGUAUGAAGUCACUCUGUCCAGACUGAACUUCAGUUCACCAGAGACAGCACCGAUUACUGUUACCAUUAAAUUCCCUUUGUUGCUGCUGGUGUCUUCAGUAGCUGUUGGGAGUCUGCUGCUGUUCCUGCUGGUCUUGUUGGUGGCCUGUCUGGUCUGCAGGAGAAGACAACGAGCCAAACAUCCCAUAACCCAAGCCGUGAAAGAGCCCUCGAUCAAAGAGCAAGUGACAGUAGCAGAGGAAGAGGACAGUGAUGAUUAUGAGCAGCCAGACAAUGAAGAUCAUGAUUAUGAAGACAUAGUCAUUGAUGCAAAUUACAUAAUAAUGGAGGAGGUCACUGUAGAGGACAACAGAGAGGAAGAAGAAGAAGACAUACACAGUGAUGAUGACUAUGACUAUGAAAAUGUAGAACAUAUUACACAGCCAUUGGACAUUGUUGAUGUAGUAACUAAGUUUCGCCACAAGAUGGAGUUCAUGUUUUGUGAUAGCUAUCUACCUGGGGUCUUCAACGUUUUCCAGGCCUAG